GUGGAAGCAAGAUGGCGACGCACAGGUGAUUGUAGAAGGACCUGGAUAGACGUACUUCUAAACAUGAGAUUUCUUGUGAGAGGAUUAGUUGCAAUGGGGUGAUAACGAGAUGACUUCGGUGAAAGUUGCUGUCCGGGUCCGCCCCGUCAACCAGCGGGAGGUGGACCUGGGGAGCAAGGUGAUCAUCAAGAUGGACAGCACCAAGACCAGCAUCACCAACCUCAAGAUGCCAGGGUCAGUAGGAGCUGGGGACACUGGUCGGGAACAGAUGAGGGUCAAGGAUUUCACCUUUGACCACUCCUUCUGGUCAGCCAACCCUGAAGACAAACACUACGUCUCACAGGAGAAUGUGUACAAUGCACUGGGCAGUGACAUCCUGUCUUCGGCAUACGAAGGCUACAAUGUGUGUGUGUUUGCGUACGGUCAAACAGGAUCAGGGAAGAGCUACACCAUGAUGGGGGAUUUGGAAAAUGAGGGUCUCAUUCCUAGGUUCUGUCAGAGUUUGUUUUCAAGGAUGACAGAUGAAAACACUUCCUAUCGAACUGAAGUCAGCUACCUAGAAAUCUACAACGAGAAGGUGCGAGAUCUCCUCCGUCCAAACUCAACCAAUAAGCCAGUGUACAGCUUGCGAGUCCGAGAACACCCUAAAGAAGGCCCCUACGUCCAGGACCUAUCCAAACACAUAGUGAAGAAGUAUGGUGAUAUCCACCGUCUGAUGAGUAAAGGCAAUAUUAACAGAACCACUGCUUCAACCAAUAUGAAUGAUGUCAGUAGUAGAUCUCAUGCUAUCUUUACUAUAGUUUUUACUCAGGCUCGGUUUGUGGAUGAAAUGCCAAUGGAAAUGCAUAGUAAGAUUCAUCUGGUGGACUUGGCUGGCAGUGAGAGGGCAGAUGCCUCAGGUGCUAAAGGUCAGAGGCUGAAGGAAGGAGCCAGUAUCAACAAGUCUCUCGUCACCCUCGGCAAUGUCAUCUCUGUACUAGCUGAAAUGUCUGAGAAGACAAGCAGGAGCAAUAAGCCGACUUUCAUCCCGUACCGAGACUCAGUGCUCACCUGGCUGCUAAAGGACAGUCUGGGAGGCAACGCCAAGACCAUCAUGAUAGCCACUAUAUCACCUGCUGAUGUCAAUUACGGGGAAACACUGAGUACUCUUCGUUAUGCAAAUCGGGCCAAGGACAUCAUCAAUCGUCCAACAAUUAAUGAGGAUCCAAAUGUGAAACUGAUUAGAGAACUGCGGGAAGAAAUUGCACGUUUACAAGGACUUAUUGGAGGGGAUGUGAAUGGGACACCAUCUCCCAAAGUGCAAGAAAAACUUCACGAGAAGGAGGCUAGAAUCAAGAUCCUCACACAGGAGUGGGCCGGGAAGUGGAAGGAGGCGGCCACCAUUCUACAGGAGCAGAAGACGCUGGCACUGAGGAAGGAAGGUCUUGGAGUGGUCCUGGACUCGACACUUCCACAUCUUAUAGGGAUUGAGGACGACAUACUCAGCACUGGCAUCAUGCUGUACCACCUCAAGGAAGGGGUGACUACUAUCGGCGCUGAUGAAGCUGGGGGUGCUGUCAAUGGUCCCAAUCCUGAUAUCGCUCUCUCUGGUCCGAAGUGGAGAGGGAACACUGUGAGAUUCGCUACUAUGACAAGGAUGUUUCUCCACCCUCUUGGAGAUUCCUUGUGCAUGGUCAAUGGCUACCCUGCCAACGAACCAGUCAAACUUACUCAAGGUGCUGUGAUUGUUCUUGGAAGAACAAACAUGUUUCGCUUCAACCACCCGGAAGAGGCAGCUAAAUUGAAAGAAGAAAUGAGCAAGUCUACCUCAAACCUGAAUCUUUCCACGAACUCCCUCCUGAGUCACUCUCGUACAUCUCUGCUGAGCCACUCCAUGACAGAUCUGUACCGGUCUACAGACAGCCUCUCUCCACAGAGCUCAGGUUGGGAGCUUGAGCAUGUCCACAGGGAGGAGCUGGAGAAGCUGGAUCAGAAGAGACAGGAGAUUGAGGAACUGGAGGAGAGGUAUCGCGGCAUGGAGGAAGAUCGGAUGAUACGACAGAUAGCCCUAGAGAAGGAGCUGUCAGAGAAACAGGAGUGUUUGGAGGAGAUGAGGGAGAGCCUGCAACAGCUGCAGCACAUGCUGGGGUCAGAGGAUGCUGAGCGGCUGGACUAUGAGGACAUGCUACAGAAGCUGGAUGAGCGGGAACAGCAGCAGCUGGCGUCUGCCCGAAGGAUGAAGGCAGAGUUGGGGGAGGAGAUUGUGGAGCUGCGGAAGCACCAGGAGGAGAUCAAGGCAGAUUGUGAUACUAUGGUGGACAAGCUGGAGCAGAAGGAGCAGGAGAAGAGGGAGCUCAUCUCAAACCUGGAGGAAGAGAUACGCUUGAGGAAGGACUCGCUGUACACUGAGAAAACAAAGGGAUUGAAGUCCAUCGAACAGGAGAAGGGGCAGAUACAGUUGGCUCAGAAACAGUUAGAAGAAGAAAAAAACAAGUUGUUGGCGAAAGAUGAAGGUUUAAAAAAGAAAUUUAGUGAACUCAGUGAGAAAGAGAAAUCAUUAAAUGUGAGACUUAAGAAACUUGACCAGGAGAAGAAGGAGAGAUGGAAACAGCUCCUCGAUGAGGUAGCAGAGGAGAACAAAAAGAUCGAGGAGGCAUGGUCAGAUCUGAAGGAACAUGAGGUCCAGUUGGAGGAAGCUUUAAGGAAAGCUGUCUGUGAUAAGGAUGAGGAUGAGCGGCACUUGGUAGAGUGUGAGCAGCGCCAUCUGGACUCAGCUCGUGAGUUGCUGAGGGAAGAAGAGGAGAAGGUGGCAGGUAGGGAGCAUGAGUUGAUAGAGCUGGUGGAACGAGAAAUGGAUGAGUGGGAGAGAGAGAAGGCAGAAGGAAUUGGUCAGAUACAACAAGAAAAGAACAGUCUGUUGGCGUCUGCUAGGACAGUUGCAAUGGAUAAACUUGAAAAGGAGAUUGAAGAUAGGACGGAUGCAAUAGAUUCUCAUGCAGCACGAAUUGUUGAUGAGGAAGAGACUGUGCUAAGGCUAGAGAAGCAGUUAAAUGCGAAACUGACUGAUGUGCACAGGGAGAAAGAUGCAAUCCAUGCAGAGAGGGAGCAGACGUCCAAAAUGGCUGAUGUGCAAGUGGAGCAGAAGAAUAAAUAUAUUGAGGAAAUUCAGGCAAAGAUGACAGAGAUUGAUGAUGAAUGUGAGGCAGAGCUUGGUCGGAUCAAGAAGGAGAGAAACAGGCUGAUGUCGGAAAGGAACUCCCGGGAUGCUAGCUGUGUCACAGACAUAGAAGGGCUGUUGGGAGCGCAGAUGGAUGGAAAGAUCCAACAGUUUGAAGCUGAGAAGACAAAACUAUACCAACAGACACAGGAGAUGGAGAGACUGAGAGAAGAUAUUGAGAGAGGACAACAGGAGCUGGAAGAAAAACGAAGGAAGUUUGAGGAGGAGCGAGAUACAGAACUGGAUCGUAUUGAGUUUGAAAAGUUUAGAUUGCAAGAUAUGGAGCACAAGGAGAGGAUCAACAGCCUGGUGGAGCAGGAGGUGAAGCGGCGUCUGUUUGAGGAGAAAGUGGAGAGAGACAGACUCAGGAAGAUAGACAAGGAGAAUGAGAGGAUAGAGAGAGAGAAGGAGAUUCUCAGACUCAAGGCAGCUCAUAGCAGGGAACUCAAGCAGCUUCGAGCCAAGCUAGAAAAUAAUGGCAUGGGAAGAGUGUCAACACCCACAAGGUCUAACCCUUACACGUCAACUAUGUCUUUGAACAACAAUAUAUCCAGCCCAGACCAGUCGCCGCGUAGGAUGAGUCAGACCAGUGGGUCGUCAAGUUCCGGAAGCUUCUCGAGUCCUUCAUCUCGCAUCUAUAUCAGUAUACCCACGUUCACCUUGAGGGGUCAUGGGAGUGACGCACAUCAUGAAUAUGAGGUCAAGGUCAGUGUUGGUGAGGACACUUGGACAAUAUUCCGGCGGUACAGUCGUUUUAGAGAUCUGUAUCAGAUAAUGAAGAAGAAAUACCCAGAGACCAGUAUACUAGUGUUCCCACCUCGCAAGAUGUUCAGCAAGUCAGAGAAGGUAGUGGCCGAGAGACGGGUGCAGCUAGAGCAAUACUUGAAAAACCUGAUAGAAGUGUGUAUGAGAUCUGCGAACACACCUCUCCACCCAACAAACAACAAGCACAUGACUAAACUCAUCUUGUGUGACUUUGAUCCGUUCUUCAGGAAAGGACUGUUUGAGACAGCUAAACACUGCACAGCAUGAUGAACUGCCUCAUCAACCAAUCCAGGCAGUGUUUACAAAGUGUUAUGGGUAUUUGUUGCCAAGCAACUGCCCCAGCAACUAUCUUAGAACUGUCUGUGCUUUUAUUAAAUAUAGUGCUGGUGCUUUCGUUACAUCUAGAGUUAUUAUCAUGCAGCAUUUAUUUACGUCUAUUCUCAACUUAAACCACUAAGUGAUGGAUGUUAUAAAACUUGUGUUAGGAUUGUUAAACAAUGUCCAUUGAAUUUUUCUGUAUUUUUUACUAAAUUUGAAAGCUAUGUAGGGAUUAUUUGUAAUUGAGUUAAUGGAAUGAUUAUUUAUUUUGUAUACAGUAAAUAUAGUACCGGUAACUACUUAAUAUCAGUAAAGAUAUACAAUUGCAGGUGGCUGGUCCCAGUGGCAUAUCCCCCUAUCCCAUGAUACUUUUUAAAUGUAUUACCAAUGAUAAUAACAUGUUGAUUUUGUUGUUAAUGUGAAAAAACAUUGUUUACAUUAUAUUUGCAUUUUGUGAUGUGAUAUUUUGGGGGUGUUUUUUGGAUGGCUUCUUCUUCUCUCUCUUGGCCCAUUAAAGCUGCCAACUCAACUGAAAGUGCAAAUAGUUUAAGUGGGACCCCUCCUAUUUAAUAACUCCUGGAUCUGCCCCUGGGUACAUGUCAGUAAUGCAUACAGAUAUACAGUUGAUGUAACCAGGUGAUUAUGGGAUAUAUCACUCAGUCAGUAUUUAACAACUUUUCAUUUAUAAUAUUUUAAUUCAAGAUAUAUUUUAAAUGUUGUAUUUAAACGAACUUAUUUAUAGCUAAGCAUUCUUUCAAGAAACUGAAGAACUUGGCAUAUAUGGCAGUUUGUGAAUAUUUUAUUAUUAUGUACAUACUGAAGGGAUGUGAAUUUUACAUAAAUUUAGAUUGUAUAGAUUCUGUAAAUUUAUUGUUUCUUGAUAUGCAUGUUUUUGAGAUUUCGUUGUACAAAGGUAAAUUGUGUAUAUAUAAAUGCAUUCCAUGACAGAUAUGCUGGUUUCUAUGCUCUGUUUCUGUCUGAUGAAAUUAAAAUGCUUGAAAUUUUGCGAUGGUAGUUCUUUAACUUUAGCCAGCAAUAGUGCCUGCUCUGCACUUAUGAGAGUUGGUAUGUACACCGGCUUUGUCAAAGACAGUACAACACCAGAAUGGGCUAGUGGUUAAUAUUAGGAGCAGGUACCCCCUGACUUCACCUAAUCCAAUAUUGACACCUCGAGUACAGGGGUCCUCACAUCCAGAUCACCACAGGUACAUGGUGACAGGCCAUUGGUGGGGGUAGUACGUUCCACAGAUACCAUUUCGUCUGAUAUGUUGGGAGCCACAACUCCUAUAUGUUCAAAGUUUUCGAGCCCUACUAUUUCACUGGAUAAGUUGGGAGUUUGGUUUCAAACACUGGUCACAUCUCCUACAUUUUCGAAGUUUGAGCUCUGCUAUUUCACUGGAUAAGUUGGGAGUUUGGUUUCAAUACUGGCCUCAACUCCUGCUUUGCCCCAGACAUGAUAGUACUGACAUGCCAGUGGUACAGGGUCUGUGGAGUUGGUGGGCUCGUCUCGUGAACAUCCCCACAUGGGUACAAUGUGUGAAACUCAUUUCUGGUGUCCAGUGCAGUGAUAUUGCUGGAAUUUUGCUAAAAGCGGCGUAAAACCACACUCACUGACUCACUCACUCUCAGUGAACUGUCUUGGUAACAGGGCCUGGCCAGUUUGUAACAAGUUGAUACCAUAGUGGUAGGACAUCAACAUGGCUGGUGAUGGCUGCCUGGGAGGCAGAUACAAGCAUCACAGAUACUGGUUACAAUGAUGAUGUGUGGCAGUGCAGGGCAAGGCCCAUCUUGUACAAAAUCUCAUUAGACGACUUUCUGUAACAUCUGUCUUUCAGUGUGCACAUUUGUGUUGUAAAUUGUUUAACAUUGUUGCUAUGUAGGCCUAUGUCUUUCAUGCUUCUGCCUUUUUAAUUACUUGGUUUACAGAUUUGGUUGAACCUAAACAAAGUAAUUAAAGAAUAGUGUGUUGGAAGCUUUCAGCUCAACUGUCCAUGUUUGUUACAGGGAGAUUAUUGUUAAAGAAUCUUAUCUUGAUCUCAGCCCAGUAAUCAGCGUCAAGAUUCUUUUUGAAGCGUUGUGACCCUUAGGCCAUAUAUAAAAAUAUUCUUGUUUCGCAUUAUCGCCCGACCCAAAAAUUUGAUCUGACCCUAAGAUUUUAUGAUUUUUGACUCUAUAGAAAAUGCAGCUCUUGACUCAAAAUGUGCCUGAAUUUUUCACACUUCUAAAUUUUGAUUUUCUAUCGGAAAAAAGGUGUAAAUUUCCACAGACAUCAAGGGGUUUUGGACUAUAAAAUAAAAAAAAAUGUAAAAAUAUACUCCGCCCACCGGCGCAUAUUUUUGUUGUUGUAAAAAGUGACGAGAAACAAGAAUAUUGUUUAUGUGGCCUUAGCUCCACCAGGACCCUCUGAUUGGGAUUUCUGGAUCCAUGACACACAGCACCACACCAACGCUUAUAGGAUUCACAGAAGUGGUAUUUAUAUGAUGGUUUUUAACACCACAUUGGGCUUUCUCUAACCUGACGUUAUUAUAUAUACAGUGGAAGCUGUCAAAACUGGCAGUUGUCCAAUCCGGCAAGUUGUCAACACCGGCAUAACAUCUCAGUCCCGUCUGUGGCUAGUGCAAUUAUCAUCAUUUAAAAGCUCUGCAAUCCGGCAGCUGUCAAUUCUGGAUCUCGGCAUGAAAUGAGCCGCCCGAAUAUGGGGUUAUACUGCAAUCAGCGCUGUCUAAUCCGGCGCGUGGCGAGGAUUUGGCUGGAUGCGUAUUGUCACCAAUUAAUCCUGCAUUGUAACAACAUGGUUGUCGACAAAGACAUUUUAAUCUUAGUUCAGCAUGGGUAUACUUGUACAUGUAGGUUGACAUGUUUUAUUGUGAUAGAACAAUGUAUAUGAGAGUGACAAAGCUUGUUCACUUCUAGUCGGAAGUAACCGUGUCAUCUGUACAAUCCGGCACGCUGUCUAAACCGGAUUAUUUCUGUAGUCCCGACAGCUUCCACUGUAUAUUGUAUCCAGUGUACACUGAUGUCUUGCUAACAGGAUAUAUCAGCACUGGCUGCCUUCGUUGUUUCAGUUUGUUUGGGUAGAUAAAGGAUGAAGCUUGGUGUUUUCAUUUUCUUAGAAAGAGCACAUUUACAGCUGUCACUACCAUUAUACAGCUUUGUAAUGUUCAGGACCCCGUUUAACAAAGCUAUCGUCACGCUACGACUGUCAUAAGUCUAUGUUACAGUAUAGGAGGUACAGCAGUCGCAGCACUGAGAUAGCUUUGUGAAAUGGGGCCCAGACCUUUUGAUGAGAUAUUUUGUAAAAUAGAAUGAUGGGAUUGUUAUUUUAUGGCAAACAUUUAUCAUGAAAGGAAACUAUUUUUUUGUUUGCACUCAAUACAUAGCAUUUUCCUUUAGGGAUUGGUCACAUGAGGACAUGGGUCAGGGUUUAGUAAUACACUAUUGUACUAAAAGUAAUGCCCUUCAUCUGCUGCUUGUAUUGUUUUAUAUGACCCUCCUUGAUCGCUGCCAAAUUGCUGAUGCAGUGUUAAAGCAAUAUUCACUCACUCAUGUUGAAAAAUCUUGUCAUAAACCUCUUUGAAAAAAAACAUUAUGCAAAAGCACAUUAUAUUUCAAUAUUGUCAUCAAAACAAUAACAAUAUCCCAAAUAUUUGUACUUAUUUUUAACCCAAUCUUGCACCAUUACCUGCUAUAAUAAACAACCAGCCUGUUAUAUACCCUGUGAAACAUAUUUCCCGGAUUAAGAAUAAAUAUCAAUGAAGGACACUUUAAAGUUUAAUCAAAUAUUUUCAUCUUUACAGUAUGUGAAUUGCUGAUGUGCAAUUGUUGUUCAAAUUUAAGCAACUCUUACGCUAUUGUUAUCAGUUGGCAUUGUGUGGACACUAUGAUGGUUUCGUAGACUGCAGUUCUUACGUUUUGAUGAUGAGUGCUAUAUUCUGUUUUGUUGUGCUUUAUUAGAGUAUUGUCAGUCAUUUCCCAGAGCUUGGUUUGUACAACUGAUGGAUCAUAGGUGUUUUAACAGUCACUUUAUUUAGCUUCAGAAUACUGACAAAAUGGCAGCUUGAAUCAAGUUUUGCAAUUACUUGUAACUUCUCACCAGUGUUUUAUUUCUCUUUGGAUAUAUUUAAGUCCUGUUCAAGCUUCAUUGAACAUUAAGUAAGGUUUCUCAGGCAAUGUUGAUUGAUAAAUCCACACAUUUAGAACAAAGUCCUACAAAAAGAUGGAAUAUGAACUUCUCAAAAGAGGUUUACAGACAACCAAUUCUUUCAUACUAGUGUAUACAGAAUGACUACUGUUAAGUACUGGUAGUAGUAUUAAUAUGUCCUUCAUAAAGUAAUUGUCACAAACUUAACUGCAUGAGAGUCAAUAAUCCUUAAUGAAAGUAUCCCAAUGUACUAUUCUCUUGAGGACUGGUUUACAUGUGAAUAAUCCACAUUUCUAACAAAAGGAACAGCUAGUCAGUACAAAUAUGGCUGUCAUUAUCCUGUAUUUUGGAUGAACUUCUGUCCGUGGAAGACAUGCAUACAGAAAUGUUUGGAAAUGUGUUGGUGCUCAUGAGCACUGCUGAAAGGACACACAGGUCCCGAUGUUUCCACUUACAGAAAUCCUGGUUAAGUGUAUUUGUACAGCUAUCUCUGGUCACCACUGUCAGUACCACACUGUGCCUUGUUACUCCAUGUACACAAUCAGUUGUCCAUUUUAUAAUAAAGUUUUCAUUCCACAGUG